UCAACGGAUGAAUCCGCGGUUUGAAAGUCUGUUAGUGACGGAAAAACGAAAAUAUUUCUUCCUGAAUCUGCGUUUUUACUAAAUUUGAUGUUUGGAAGCGAAAAGAUGAUUUCAGUCUGUCUUUAAAUCGCUUUAGAACCUCCUUUCUGACUAGAAUCUCAGCUUUUGUCAUCGUGAAGUGACACAAAUGACCGCACGGGGGCGCAACUCAGCCCGGAUGACAUUUCCUUCCUAAACCGGAAGUGCAUCGACCGUUCCGGUGCAGCCCAAAUAUGUCCGCCUCAGGAGCGGGUCCUCCCGGGGUUCGGCUGGUCCAGUAUGUGGUGGUUCGCUCGGAUCUAACGCAAAAACUGUCUUGGCCUCUUGGCGCUGUCAUCGCGCAAGCGUGCCACGCGGCCACUGCCGCCAUCCACGUGCACUACGAAGACCCGGACACGCGGCGGUACCUCGCGGACCUGGACUCCAUGCACAAGGUGGUUCUAGCGGCUCCGGACGAGGCCGCGCUCUGCGGGCUCGCAGACGCCCUCACGCGCGCAGGUGUGGCGCACAAACUGUGGGUGGAGCAGCCCGAGGACAUUCCCACGUGCCUAGCUCUGAAGCCGUACCCUAAGGAGACUGCGCAGCCGCACAUGCGCAAAUUCAAACUUUUUAAAUAACGGAGUCGCGCACGCGCAGAAGAAAACCGACAUGUUUACAUUGUAGGGUUUCACGUGCCCCAUAGGGCAACGAUAUCCGCUUUGAUCUGUUCCUCUUUUGUUGAAUAAAGGAAACGUAAAUGUUUCACGUUAUAGAAUAAUUUAAACUAACACGUUUUAGUGUCUGAAAGUCUGUAAACACGCAUGCGCAUUAAGAUCUGACAAUAAAAUGUAAAUUUACCGCCA